GGGGUGGUGAGGGGCGGGCGUCUGCUGGGCUGCGCUACCCACUGCUGCGCAUGUCCGCCUGCUUCCCCUUCCUUGGAGGGGCUGUGGAAAUGGAGCAGUAAAAUGCGCGCGCUUAGGGACUUGGGUUCCUAACGGGCUCGUAGAGGGGUGUGCAGAGUUCACAGCUCUGUUCCUGCUGUGCAGUCUGACAUGGGCAGGCAUCUGUUCCAGCAGAACAACUUCGGGGCAGUGUGUUUUUACGAUGCACCUGCAGGUGUACAGUGGGGUCUAUGGUAUAUAUGUGCCAGCAUACAUAUACAAUAUUCACCAUACCUGUGGUAGGUGGAUGGCGUAUCUGACCUGCUACUAAAGAAUAGGGAAGGAAUUGGCCAUUUUGGCUUUAGGAUCACAAGUGUGGAUACUUAAACCACAGCAUUCACUCAAGCAUUUUCCAAGUCUACGUUUUUAGUAUGGAAGAACAAUUAAAACGAGAUAACAGCUCUAGUGUUAUAUUUGAGUGAUGAAUCCUACUUUAGGUAAGCUGUCAGGGACAUCAUGUUCUAGCAAUAGGUCUUUGAAAACAUGGAGAAUGUGGAGAAUUUAGCGGUGGAGAAUUUUUCCAGUACACAAUGCAUUGUGGAAUGGCCCAGGAUACUACAGUGCCUAAAUUGAACUUCAAAUUUUGGUUGGAUAAAGCUAUUGAGUGGGGUCAGGCCACCACUUUGGAAUCCCAGAAGGAUGUCUGUCUUCACUUGCCCCAGCUGCAAGAGUUUCUACAUCAGACUUAUGAAACUCUCAAACAUAUGAAUUCAAUUGCAGCAAUUCAGCAGUUCCCUUUAAUUGGCCAGUUACUAGGAAGGCUUUGUUGGAAUCCCUUUGUUGUAGGAUAUGAUGAAAGCCAGAAGACUCUGAUGUGGUGCUUGUGUUGUCUGUACAGCAGUGAACCACAGAACCCUGUGGAAUUGAAGGCCAACAGCUGGAUACGAAGCUUACUGUGCCAUCUCCUUUCUUCUUCUAAAUGGGAAAGAAUCGAGGCUGAAACCAGUACAUUCAUAUCAGCUCUUGGCUACACAUCAGCAGAUUAUUAUUGUCACUUGGUUGAAAAUAUAGUCUCCUCAUUAGUAACUGAACUCAGAGAAAAUCAAUUUAAUGAACUUAACAUUCAGGAGAGAAUUUCAGUCAGUCGUGUGAAUGCUGUGUCCCUUUUCUGUCUCCCACUUAUUACUUUGCCUGAUCUAACUCCAUUGCUGGAAACUCUUCUUCUUUACCAUGGUGGAGCUUCGAAAGAAAUUCUCAGCUCAGAGUUCUUGGAGGCUGUGAAUGAUGCCGUUUUAAAGAAGAAGAUCUCCCUUUCUGAAUCAGCUAUCUUCAGCCUCUGGCAUCGUCACUUACCAAGCCUUGAAAGUGCUACAUUAAGUCUUUUAGACCAGCUGACAUCCCUUCAGAUAAAUUCUUUGGAAAAAGUGGCUUGUGUCAUAAAAGAUUCUCUUUUGCCACAAGCUGCAAGUCAUCCUGCCAUUUUCAGAAUUGUUAAUGAAAUCUUCAAGAAUGCACUGUUGGAAACCGAUGGAGCUCCUGAAGUUAUGACCAUAAUACAAGUAUUUAUACAGCUCUUCAUUCAGGUUCAGCAGAAUGAAAACAAGCAGCAUAAAUUUCCUCUGAAGGCCUACUUCCCUCACCACCACCAGCCUCUUGUAAUAGCUUUACUAAGACGCCCUUUUGAAUUGCCAUCUACACACUGGCUGCAGCAUUUGAAACACAUUUCGGAUACACUCAAAUCUAUAGUAGAAGAUACAAACGUUAGCUCUUUUGCUGACCUUUAUGAAAUCUGGUUUUUGGUUGCUUGUUUUGGAGAAUGGCUGGAUAUUGCAGCAGAACAAUUAAUGAAAGCAGCUGUAGCCCCAGAUGCUUUGCUGUGGCUGUUGGCUUUUUACUACUGUCCUCAGAAUGAAAACCAACAAAGGACUCAAACGAUGGUAGAAUCUCAAGCAGUCUACAGUCGUCUAAUGAUGCUCUACAACCGUACUGUCCUUUCAUUUGGAGAUUUGCAGGCUUCUGUAAACAAUGCAGCAGAUACGGAACAAUGUCAUACCCAGUGUCUUAUAACACAUCUUCUUACCAACUUUUUACUCUUUUCUUCUGGAGGUCAUAUGAUUGCCCAGGAAUUUAUUUCCCAUAUUACUGAGACAACUGACAUGAGCAAGGAAGUUUGUAGCCUUCUUAUCCGUACUGCAUACAGAAUUAAACAUAAUGGAGGAGAAAACCAAAGGACUGUGAAGCUGUUGAAUGAACUUCUUCAAAAACUAGCAGUGGAAGUUUAGGUUUUCAGUGUUGUCUCUAUCCAGUCAUUGAGUUAGAUCUUUAUUUGGGUGUCAGCCUUUCCUGAAAGUCUUGCAGGUUAGCAAGGGUAGAAGAAAAAUCUCUUUCUUGAGGAUAUCCCAUAACUUUGUCUUCCACUGUGCUGUUUAGAAAUGUAAACUUUGAGGACAAAACAGUAUUAAGGAUGGCUGAAAACUUUGUUCUGAGCUCCAUCUUUUAUAAGAGACCUAUGUCAUUUAAAGCAGUUUACUCAUCUCCUUGUUUAUCUGGCUGUGGAUCAGUUUUUCUCCCAAAUUACUCAUGGCUUUAUGAGCAAUUUUAUCCAAUUGUUUAGUUGGUAAGUUGUUUCUAAAAUAUUUUGUUCCAUAAUUCUGCUUUUAUGUGGCUAAUGAUGAUCUCAAGCGAGAGUUAAUGAUUCAUGGUAAAUGCACUCCAUGUUCUCAGGAAAUCAACAGUGUUUCCUGAACUUGUUAAUUCUGUUUGAAAACAUUUCCAAAAUAAAGCUCCGUUCAUGUUUGUUAAAUGAUUAUUUAACACUGCUGCAGCUUUCAUGGGACAAUGUUUUCUGCAAUGUACAAUGCCAGUAGCUGGUCUCCAUCAGCAGAUGCGGCACAGAAGUUUCUGUCAGCCUGAUUUCCAUGAGGUUAUUGCUCAGGAAAUCUUCCUUUUCAUGCAGACAAAAUAGGGCAAGUUAUAGUUGUAAGGAAACUCCUAUUUGAGGCUCAAAUUUCCUAAAGAGAGAGGGGAUUGUGGUUUCAAGUCAUCUCUUCCCUUUCUGUUUCCAGAGAUACGGUUUCUUCGCUUACGUUUUUCGUUAUUUGUCUAGGAGAAGAGCAUGGACAAGGAGCAAUGCCUUCUUGUUUUAUCCAAGAAGUUUUGUCCACUUGUUUCUAGCUUAGUUAAAUAAAAUAAGCAUGAAGAACAGUAACAGUAGAGCAUCUUAACUGAUUUCACAGAAUCAGACAAUUGCAGGAGUUGGAAGGGUCAUGUAUUUCCUACCUAGCUUUUUUAUCAACACUUACUCUGUGUUAAAAGGUACCACUUGAAAUCCUUAUGGGUCUCUUCCAGUGCAAAAUGUUGUGUGAUUCUGUGGAAUAGUAUUCUUGCAUAUGACAUCGAAAGUGUGUAUCUUAAAUUAGAUCAGUUUUAUGGGUGUAACAUUUGUUUUUGAGCAAGAGGGAAGAAAAGCAAUGUUCGUAGUUUUCCUUGGCUCCAAGAAGUGGAAGGAUAUUUUCUGUUAACUGUUGACUGAUUACUUAUAAUUUUAUUCCUAGUGAGUCACAUCAGACUGAAUUACAGAAGUUACAUGCCCUGUUGGCAAAUUUGUUAAUGUGUUUGUGAUGUUUGAUUCUAACCUAUGAAGAAAUAGUAAAAACUUAGUAUGUCUGUGAAGAACACUGCUUUUUGUCUUUUUGGAUUAAAAAUUGUUCUGAAUGAAAAAAAAUCAAA